AUGGCUACCCACGAAGACCGCGUGGCCGCAGUUUGUAAAGAGGUUAGAAGCUUCUACGACCGCGGAGAGAAGUUCCGAAUUUACCACGGCACGACCAAUUCAACGCGUCGCGCGAGAUGGAAGCGAAGUCAAGUCGUGGAUACUUCCCACUUGAACCACGUGUUGAAGGUCGACCCAGAGAAGCUGCUCGUGGUCGUGGAGCCGAACGUCCCCAUGGAUAGGCUCGUAGAAGCCACUUUACGGUACAACCUGUCGCCUCCUGUUGUACCGGAAUUUCCAGGCAUCACUGUUGGCGGCGCCGUAGUCGGUUCCGCCGGCGAGAGCAGUUCCUUCAGGUAUGGACUUGUCGACAGAACUGUUGAGAGUGUGCAGAUUGUACUAGCCAAUGGCGAUACUGUGACAGCCUCUGCUGCUGAGAAUCCCGACUUAUUCGAGGGCAUUGGAAGCAGCUUUGGCACACUGGGUGUUCUGACACAAGUCACUCUACGACUCAUUCCAGUAAAGAAGUACGUAGCGGUCAGCUACCAUUCUGCAACCAGCUUCGAGGCUGCGUGUCAAAAGCUGUUGGAUUUCGCUGUAGACCCCGAGAUCGAUUUUGUUGAUGGCAUUGUUUUUAAGCCCGACAAGUCCGUUAUCGUUACCGGCAAGUACACAGAUGCCGUUGAGGGUCGCCGGAUACAGACGUUUUCGCAAGCAUGGGAUCAGUGGUUCUACAUUCAUGCGCGCCAACAGUUUUCGACCGCCAGUUCAUCAAAGACCGACAUAGUACCCCUUACCGACUACCUGUUUCGAUAUGAUCGCGGAGGCUUCUGGGUUGGAAGAUUUGCCUUCAAGUACUUCUGUGUCCCGUUCGAUCGUCUAAGCAGAUUCUUGGUCGAUCGAUUCAUGCACACUAGGAUCAUGUAUCAUGCACUUCAUGAGAGCGGUCUUGGCGAAGAGUACAUCGUGCAAGAUCUUGCGUUGCCGAGUGAGCGUGCACCAGAAUUCUUAAGAUAUGCAUACGGAGAGCUGGGAAUUCAUCCUUUGUGGAUCUGCCCUCUCCAAAAACGCCCCAGAGCCGUCAUGAAUCCAAGAAUGAGCAGUGGUCAUGCAGAAACAUCUGACACUACGUCGAGCGAAACAGAAAAGGACCAAGGGUAUCCCGAGAUCAUUAACGUUGGUGUAUGGGGUGAAGGUUCUCGAAAUCGAGACCGCUUUAUCGAGGUCAACCGUAAAAUCGAGAAGACUGUACAAGAUCUGGGAGGCAUAAAGUGGUUAUAUGCUCAAACCUUCUACACAGAAGACGAAUUCUGGUCCAUCUACGAUCGCAAAGCCUACGACGCGUUACGGAGCAAAUACUAUGCGUCAGGACUGCCCACAAUUUACGACAAAGUAAAGCUAGAUAUUGCAGCAGAGAGGAAAGCCAGGGCAGAAGCGAGCCUUUAUGAGAGGAUUAAGGCAACCCUGAAGAGUAUUUGGCCGAUUCGCGGGGCUUAUGGCGUUCUGCGAACCCUCAUCAGCACAGACUAUCUGCUGGAUCGAUCUAAAGAAAAGCUUCAGUGA